AUACUAGGAUCAACUAUCUUAGUUUUCUCCCACAUAUGGCUUCCAAGAAUAUUGUUGUUUUUGGUGAUGAGGAAAACCAGCUUUCUGGUGGGACUAAUAGAGUUCAAACUUGCUCUAGUUCUACACCAAGAAAUAGGAAUACUAUUGACGAGGAGGGAAAGAAGCCAAAUUUUCUCUCAUUCUCUGAAAGGCUGGGCGUUUCUGACUUCUUUUGUUUGGAUGUAUGGCGAGCGUCGAUGGGAGAACUCCUAGGCACAGCGGUUCUUGUUUUCAUGUUGGAUACUAUAGUGAUUUCCACUUUUGAAAGUGACACGAAAAUGCCAAAUUUGAUCAUGUCAAUUCUCAUAGCAGUUGUGAUCACAAUCCUACUCCUCGCGGUUGUUCCGGUGUCCGGAGGCCAUAUCAACCCGGUUAUCUCCUUCUCGGCCGCGCUCGUCGGAAUUAUAUCCAUGUCAAGAGCCAUAAUUUACAUAAUGGCACAAUGUAUUGGUGCAAUUUUAGGUGCACUAGCUCUUAGGGCAGUGGUUAGUUCAUCAAUUGAAGACACAUUCUCACUUGGUGGUUGCACUGUCACAAUAAUUACACCGGGCCCAAAUGGGCCCAUUACUUUGGGCCUAGAGACGGCCCAAGCCUUGUGGCUAGAGAUAUUUUGUACAUUUGUUUUUCUCUUUGCUUCAAUUUGGAUGGCUUAUGAUCAUCGACAAGCUAAGGCUCUUGGCCAUGUCACUGUCUUGUCCAUUGUUGGUGUAGUAUUAGGCCUUCUAGUGUUUAUCUCGACCACGGUCACCGGGAAAAAGGGUUAUGGCGGGGCGGGGAUUAAUCCGGCGAGGUGUUUGGGGCCAGCUAUUAUUAGAGGAGGUCACCUUUGGGAUGGACAUUGGAUCUUUUGGGUUGGGCCAACUAUUGGUUGUGUGGCCUUCUAUGUGUACACAAAGAUCAUUCCAGCAAAACAUUUCAAUGCAGAAUAUGGAUACAAACAUGAUUUUGUUGGAGUUGUCAAGGCUUUGUUUGGGUCGAAUGUAUAA